CAAACCAGAGGAGAGGAGAGGAGAGGAGAGGAGAGAGAGAGAGAGAGAGAGAGAGAGAGAGAGAGGAAGAGCAAGAGAUAAGAGAGAAUACAUUACUCUCCCUCGCUCUCGAUCUCUCUUUGAAGCGUCGAUCGAGCCGUAUUUCUCUCAGUUACUAGCCUAUUACGUGCUUCCCGGUGGACGUAUCUAUUCAAACUUUCAUCUCGUGGUUCCCGCUCGCUCUACAAUUUUUUUUUGGUUAUUCACCAAAUAAAUCGUACUAUUAUAGCGAAAUGGGUGCGGGCGGGCGUAUGACGGCGAAGGAGCGGGCGGAGCAGCGGCGGGACGCGGCGCGUGGCCCGGGCAGCGGUGGCGCAGGGGACGCGGCGGCGCUCCGGCGGUCCCCGACGGAGAAGCCGCCCUUCACGCUGGGGCAGAUAAAGAAGGCGAUCCCGGCGCACUGCUUCCAGCGGUCCGUCCUGCGGUCCUUCUCCUACGUGGUCCACGACCUGGUCCUCUCCGCCGCCCUCCUGUACGCCGCCCUCGCCUGGAUCCCCGCCCUCCCGAGCCCGCUCCUCCGGUACGCCGCGUGGGGCCUGUACUGGGUGGCGCAGGGCUGCGUCCUCACGGGCGUGUGGGUCGUCGCUCACGAGUGCGGCCACCACGCGUUCUCCGACUACUCGCUCCUCGACGACGCCGUCGGCCUCGUCCUCCACUCCGCCCUCCUCGUGCCCUACUUCUCCUGGAAGUACAGCCACCGCCGCCACCACUCCAACACGGGCUCCGUGGAGCGCGACGAGGUGUUCGUCCCCAAGACCAAGCCCUCCCUCCGCUGGUACUCCCGCUACCUCAGCGACAACCCGCUCGGCCGCGUCGCCUGCCUCCUCGUCCAGCUCACCCUCGGCUGGCCCCUCUACCUCGCCUUCAACGUCUCCGGCCGCCCCUACCCGCGCUUCGCCUGCCACUACGACCCCUACGGCCCCAUCUACUCCGACCGCGAGCGCGCCCAGAUCUUCGUCUCCGACGCCGGCGUCCUCGCCGCCUGCUUCGCGCUCUACCGCCUCGCCGCCGCCCUCGGCUUUUGGUGGGUGGUCCGCGUCUACGGCGUCCCCCUCCUCAUCGUCAACGCCUGGCUCGUCCUCAUCACCUACCUCCAGCACACCCACCCGGCGCUGCCCCACUACGACUCCUCCGAGUGGGACUGGCUCCGCGGCGCGCUCGCCACCAUGGACCGCGACUACGGGCUGCUGAACCGGGUGUUCCACCACAUCACCGACACCCACGUCGCCCACCACCUCUUCUCCACCAUGCCCCACUACCACGCCCUGGAGGCCACCAGGGCCAUCAAGCCCAUCCUCGGCGACUACUACCAGUUCGACGCCACCCCCGUGCUCCAGGCCAUGUGGCGCGAGGCGCGGGAGUGCGUCUACGUCGAGCCCGAGGACGGCGCCAACCGCAAGGGCGUGCUCUGGUACAACAACAAGUUCUAAGUUCUAAGUUCUAAGUUCUAAAUUCUAAAUCCCCCACCCCACCCCACCCCACCCCUUAUUUAGUCCCUCCAUCCGCCGCCGUCACAUCAUCCUAAUUCAAAACCCCAAGAAGAACGAAAAGAAAGACAAACACUGCUAUUAGGCUCCAGCCGCGGUCGAUGGUGAGAAACCCGUUGCCCACUUGUCCUGCUUUCUCUCUCUCUCUCUCUCUCUCUCUCUCUCUUUUCCUCUUUUUUUCUCCCCCCCUUAGAAAUAGAUAGGGAAGGGGCUGCGGCCGCUGCCUUUUGCUUUUUGCUUUUUUGUUCACCUUUUAACUCUUGGUGCUAGUGGCGGUCCGGGUGGGGGCCGGUCCCGCUCUUAUUGAUUACUUGUCGUUGGCGUUGGUCCUCUGGCUCGCCUCCCGUCGUCGAUCCUCCCCUGUUGUUUCUGUUUAGCUAAGCUAUAUGAUUGAUGUAUGCGAGUAAUAAGAAAAUUGAAAAAAUUUAUGAAAAGAAAAUGGAAAAGAUGCAUGGAACGAGUUUGACGAUCACAUCAUCUUUUAAUUUUGGAUGGGCUCUUAUUCUGUAGCUUCGGUAUAAUCAGAGGAGCUCCUAUUCUGUAGCUUCGGUACAUCAGAGGAGCAUACUGUUAUCUUGUCAACAAAGUGAUCGAUUUUUGAUCGCUAGGUGCUCUCGUCGGAUUGGCGAAACUCUUAUCUUAUCAACAGGUCCAAAUCAUUUGCCCAUGUGUAGGUUUCUUCGCCAGUUAUUCUGAUACUUGUCUAAUAUUUGACAAUAUUAUGUAACAAGCCACUCGAUUUUCUCCAAAGAAGCACGUACGGCGCAAAACAAUGGUACAGCACAAACCGAAGCGAAAGAGCUGUCGCAUCAAGUCCAAAUUUGGCUUCCCUCCGUCACAAAUGGUUUAUGAGCUGUUCCUGUCCUUCUCGAUCAUAAAAGUGGGCAGAAGAAAUGUACGCAUGUGACGGGAGGUUCGCGUAUAGGAUCCAGCAAGGGAGGGACAAUUCACAAUUGUAGUGUAGUCGAUUUGAUGGACGAAGUUUUACGAAUUAAGCACGGAUCGUAUGUUCCUAUUGUUGCCUUGAAUUUUCCUUCAUUGUAUGCUCCUAGUAACAGUUUAAUGAUUUGUCUCUUUAUUUCACUA